CCCCUCUCCAACGGUUUUGAAAAUGGAGCCGCUCACAACUACUUAUCCUUUAAAACAUUCCGUGCCCAAAGCCAGGGUCUUUGUUGUUUUUCUGUCGAUGGUUUUGUGCACUGCGGUUCUCUGCCUACUGCAGCUCAAAUUUUUUAAGCCUAAAACCAAAGAUUUUUAUUCUUUUGAAGUCAAAGAUUCACGAGGAAGGAUUGUUUCCUUGGAAAAGUACAGAGGGAAAGCAACUUUGGUUGUAAACGUGGCCAGUUACUGCCAGCACACAGACAAGAACUACCUCACGCUGCAGGAACUGCACAGGGAGUUUGGUCCCUCCCACUUCACUGUGCUCGCUUUUCCCUGCAACCAAUUCGGAGAAUCAGAGCCCAGCUCGAGCCAGGAAAUAGAAGCUUUCGCCAAAGGAAACUACGGAGUAACCUUCCCCGUUUUCCACAAAAUCAAGAUUCUAGGAUCAGAAGCAGAGCCGGCCUUCAAGUUCCUAAUAGAUUCUUCAAAGAAAGAGCCUAGAUGGAAUUUCUGGAAAUAUCUUGUCAACCCAGAAGGUAAAGUUGUGAAGUUCUGGAGACCUGAAGAACCCAUAGCAACUAUCAAGCCAGAAGUAGCAUCCUUGAUCAGACAGAUCAUCAUGAAAAAGAGGGAAGAUCUCUGAAAAAACCAUUCAGCCUGUGAAUCUAUUUGACAGCAGAUGUGCACAACUUCAGUACAUUCCUGGAAAUGCUGCUAGAAGCUAAACCAUCAAGUGAUUUUAUUCUCUUUGGUGUUAGUAUUUUCAGCUCCACUAUGACAACAAAUGAUGGAUUUACUCCUGCAAUAUGUUGAG